AUGUUGAGAAACACAUUGAAAUCAGUUAGAAAGCCAUUCACCACCCAAUCUGUUAGAUUCAACUCUACCACUGGUAAGUACGACAUUGUCGUUAUUGGUGGUGGACCAGGUGGUUAUGUUGCUGCCAUUAAGGCUGCUCAAUUGGGUUACGACACCGCUUGUAUUGAAAAGAGAGGAAAGCUUGGUGGUACCUGUUUGAACGUUGGUUGUAUUCCUUCCAAGGCUCUUUUAAACAACUCGCACUUAUACCACCAGAUUACCCAUGAUUCCAAACACAGAGGAAUUGAAGUUGAAGGCGCUAGCAUCAACUUCCCUCAAUUAAUGCUGUCAAAGGACAAGGCCGUCAACGGGUUGACUUCCGGUAUCGAAAUGUUGUUCAAGAAGAACAAGGUCACUUACAUCAAGGGUUCUGGUUCCUUUGUGGACGAUCACAAGGUUAACGUUAAGCCAAUCGAUGGUGCAGAAGAUUACGAAAUCUCUGCUGACAACAUCAUUGUUGCUACCGGUUCCGAACCCACUCCAUUCCCAGGUAUCGAAAUUGAUGAAGAAAGAAUCGUCACCUCCACUGGUAUUCUUUCAUUGAAGGAGAUUCCUAAGAGAUUAAGUAUCAUUGGUGGUGGUAUCAUUGGUUUGGAAAUGGCCUCUGUCUACUCCAGAUUAGGAAGUGAAGUGACCAUCAUUGAAUUCAAAGACGCCAUUGGUGCUGGUAUGGAUGGUGAAGUUGCUAAGAAUGCUCAAAAGAUCUUGGCCAAACAAGGCCUUAAGUUCCUUUUGGGUACUAAGGUUAACUCCGGUGUUAGAGACGGUGAAGUUGUUAAGAUUGAAGUUGAAGAUGCUAAGUCCGGUGAAAAGAAGGAAUUGGAAUCCGAUGUUCUUUUGGUUGCCAUUGGUAGAAGACCAUACACUGAAGGUUUGAACUUCGAAGCUAUUGGUUUGGAAUCCGAUAAGGCCGGUAGAUUGGUCAUUGAUUCUGAAUUCAGAACCAAACACCCCCACAUUAGAGUUAUUGGUGAUGUUACUUUCGGUCCUAUGUUGGCUCACAAGGCUGAAGAAGAAGGUAUUGCAGCAGCUGAAUACAUCAAGCAUGGCCAUGGCCAUGUCAAUUACGGUAACAUCCCAUCUGUUAUGUACACACACCCCGAAGUUGCUUGGGUUGGUGCUAACGAAGAAGAAUUGAAGGCCCAGGGUAUCAAGUACAAGGUUGGUAAGUUCCCAUUCAUUGCUAACUCCAGAGCCAAGACUAACUUCGAUACCGAUGGGUUUGUUAAGUUCAUUGCUGACGCCGAAACUCAAAGAGUUUUGGGUGUCCACAUCAUAGGUCCUAAUGCCGGUGAAAUGAUUGCUGAAGGUGGGUUGGCUUUGGAAUACGGUGCUUCUACUGAAGAUAUCGCCAGAACAUGCCAUGCCCAUCCUACUUUAGCCGAGGCCUUUAAAGAAGCUGCUUUGUCUACUUUCGACAAACCAAUUAACUUCUAG